GGAGAUGAAUGCGUCCGCCGCGCUAGAGCUUUAGUUUGCAGAAUAAUCUUCAAGCGAAAAUGACGUUGUCAUCUGGUACUAUGAGGUUUCCCAUCGAGGUGGAAGUAUAUAAGCUCACUCGCGUGCCCCUCUCUCUCGGUUCUCACUCCAUCUCCUCAGUCCUCCAGCGCUUUCAGGGACUAUCUUUCCCCUAACUCUCUUCACGAUGCGUUUCACCGCCAGUUCCCUCGCUGCCGCCACCCUCCUUGCGGGUGUUGUCUCAGCAGCCCCCGCUCCCGCCCGCCAAGGUGUUAGCAAGAGAGUAUUCAAGCCAGCUCCCUUAGACACCCGCGCAAACAGCAAGGCUUCCUCCAGUGUUCUAGAAUUGAAGAAGGUGAAGAAUCAAAACGGCGCUACGAGUCACAGCGCGGCCCGCCUGAAGAAAGGCAGCUCCAGCAGCACCACCUCGGGCAGCUCCACCUUGAUCUCCCUCAUCGAAGGCGAGGAGUUCGCUACCUCAAUCACCGUGGGCAGCGACUCAUUCGACGUUAUUGUUGACACCGGCUCCAGCGACCUGUGGCUGGUGGAGAAGGGCUUCACCUGCUUGGACGAGAACAGCAAGCAGGUCUCUGAAUCCGAGUGCGUGUUCGGUCCCGCCUGGAGCCCCACCAGCUCCUUCUCGAAAAUCUCUGGGGAGGAAUUCUCCAUCAGCUAUGGCGAUGGAGAGUUUGCUACGGGAGUUAUGGGCAAGGAUGAAGUCACGCUUGCCGGGAUCAGUGUCGAGCAGGAGCUGGCUGCGGUCACCAAGGCGUACUGGACGGGAGAUGGGACCACUUCCGGACUCGUCGGACUCGCCUACCCUGGCAUCACGAGUGCCUACAGUACCAGGACGGAACAGCAGGUGGAAUACGACCCGAUCAUCACCACCCUGAUCGACGAGGGACUCAUCGACUCCUACUUCAGCUUGGCGAUCGAGCGUGAUGUUUCCGGAGCUGCAGGGUACAUUACCCUCGGAGGCCUUCCCCCCGUCAACUAUACCGACGAGUGGACAUCGACCGAUAUCCUUGUGACCACCUCUGACGGCAAGUCAGAAGGCUAUGCCUACUACACCAUUGACAUCGACGCCGUCACACUGAACGGCAAGUCGCUCACCUCCGCAGGUGGAAGCAGCAUUCAGUACAUUGUCGACAGCGGCACGACCUUGAACUACUACCCGACUUCGAUCGCGGCCGAAGUGAACGCCGCGUUCACCCCGGCUGCCACCUACAGCGAGGAACAAGGCGCCUACGUGGUUGAUUGCAAUGCUACUGCCCCCGCGCAUGGAGUCACCAUCAGCGGGACCACCUACAUCAUCAACCCCCUGGACAUGAUUCUCGACGCCGGCACAGAUGCCAGUGGCAACACUGUCUGUAUCUCGGGUGUCGUCGACGGCGGCAGCGACUAUAGCAAGGACAUCUUCAUCCUCGGUGAUGUUUUCCUCAAGAAUGUCGUCGCGGUGUUUGAUGUCGGCGCUGUGAAGCUGAAGUUUGCUCCCAGAGAGUUCUACGACUCGAACGACGUUUACUAGAUACCUUGACGUGAAGAGCAACCGUGGCUCGAGUAGCAAUCUCUCGGCAAGCUGGAGAUCCUGUACAGAUGGCAAUAAGUGACGGAGAUAAACACGAUCAGUAUUGACCACUCAAAUGUGAGAAUUGGUAAAAUGUUGUUUUUAUUUAAUGACGAUACGAUGUGAGGUUUUCAGCCGAUUGUGUGCAAGGUCCAACGUCUGAUUGGCUACGACUCUUUUGUUAAUGAGUUGUGCAG